AAGUGUGUAUGUAUUUACGUAUACGUCAAAUUAUCAAUCAAGUUUAGCCACGUUGGAAGCAAUACCCAGUGUCGAUUUGUCAAAGUUGCGGCACAAAAAUUAAAGUGUUUUGCGAGGAAAUACUCUGUAAAUGUAUUAAACAAUUGUACUUAUAAGGAAAUAUUGAAAAUGAAGGUUAAAGACUUGGAGAGAACAGCUAACAUAGCAUGGUCCCCAGCAAAUCAGGAUUCCAUCUAUUUGGCUGCAGGAACUGCAGCAAAUCAGCUGGAUGCAACAUUCAACACAAAUGCUUCAUUGGAGAUAUUCUCCCUCAACCUGUCAGAACCUGGCAUGGAAAUGGAUCUUAAGGUGUCCAUUCCCACUGAGCAGAGGUUCCAUAAACUGGUUUGGGGACCUUAUGGUGGUGAUGGCAAGGGUUGUAUUGUUGGUGGAUGUGAUGGUGGUCUUAUGCAGAUCUACAACGUGGACAGUAUAUUUAAAAAUGAAAGCGCUUUAAUAUCCACUCACAAUAAGCAUUCUGGGCCUGUUCAUUCCUUGGAUUUCAACUCGUUUCAAAAUAAUCUCCUGGCAUCCGGCGCUUCCGAGUCUGAAAUUUACAUAUGGGACAUGAACAACACCAACGCCCCAAUGACACCAGGUGCUAAAUCUCAGCCGUUCGAAGACGUUCUUAGUAUUCAAUGGAAUAAACAGGUGCAACAUAUUUUGGCUUCGACGUUCUCCUCGAAGUGCGUCGUUUGGGAUUUGAGGAAAAACGAGCCGAUCAUUAAACUAACCGAUACAGUAUCCAGAAUUAGGUGGAAAGUCGUUGCGUGGCAUCCAGAAGUCGCAACUCAGUUGUGCUUAGCUUCAGAGGAAGAUCAAGCUCCAAUAAUUCAAUUGUGGGAUUUGAGAUUCGCCACGUCACCAUUGAAAACUUUGGAGAACCAUCAAAGGGGUAUCCUUUCUAUGGCUUGGUGCACGCAAGAUCCGGACCUUCUCAUAUCUUGCGCUAAAGAUAAUAGAAUUGUUUGUUGGAAUCCAAAUUCCAAUUAUCCAGGAGGAGAAAUUCUCUCGGAAGUUGCUAAAACAAAUCAAUGGAACUUCGAUAUCACUUGGUGUCCCAAAAAUCCAGCUCUCAUUGCUACCCCCGGCUUUGAUGGACACGUCUCGGUGUAUUCGUUGAUGGGUGGUAAAGCUCAGCAGAUUCAAACUACAAACAAGAUUGCUGAUAGCUUCCCAGGUAUGGAAGGAUAUGCUCAAGCACCUGUAGCUCAACAAAACGUUGCACCGGUGAGCGUCGAUCUUAGCAAACCUCCCAAAUGGUUGAAGAAGCCGGUUGGGGCUUCGUUUGGUUUUGGAGGUAAACUGUUCACUUUCGAGAACGAUAAAGAAGCUAUUACACAAGCAAAACAGAAUAUGCAACCAGGAGACGCUGCUCCAUACAUUCCUCAAAUCGUGUAUGUAAGCCAAGUCAUUACAGAGUCAGAUUUGGUUAAUAAGUCAACUGAAUUGGAACAAGCGUUAGAAUAUGGAAAUUUCACAGAAUACUGCAAAAACAAGGCAGAUUCAACCGAUGAUCAGCAUAAGAAGUAUAUUUGGCAUUUCCUGAAAGCCAACUUUGAGCAAAAUCCAAGAGCUGAGUUGCUCAAUCUUCUGGGUUACAAAAUUGAAGAUGUUAACGCCAAGCUGAAUGAGUUUGUUGAUAAUCAAACCAAUAAUGACGUGGAUGGUCUCAUAUAUCCAUUUGCAAGUAACAGGAUUGAUGACGUCAAAUCUUCACCGUUUGACAGUAUUUCGCAAGAAGUUAAGAAACCGAUAGUUCCUUAUAAAAUAAAAACAGGCGAUGAUACUGAAGGAUUGAUAGCCCAAGCUUUAUUACUUAACAACGUGGAGGCUGCAGUUGAGUUGUGCAUUCAAUCAAAACGUUUCGCAGAUGCCUUAAUCAUUGCCAUGACCGGUGGUUCGGAGUUGUUGGCAAGGACGCAGUAUAAAUAUCUUCAACAAUGUGAAGGCUAUGUUUCUUCAUUAAUUUCAGCCCUUGUUUCUGAAGAUUGGAUAUCUGUGAUAAACAAUUGUGAUAUAAAUAGCUGGAAGGAAGCGUUGGCUGCAGCGCUGACGCAUGCUUCAGAUGAAGAAUUACCAAUGUUGUGUGAAACUAUGGGAUCUCGUCUGGAAACUGAAAGCGAUGGUAAUCCAAAGUUGCUUGAAGACGCACAGUUGUGUUACAUUUGCGCUGGAAGUUUUGAAAAGCUGGUUUCUUCCUGGAGCUCCAAAUCUACCACAUCCAAUAACGAUCUGCAGGAGUUGGUGGAAUUAGUGACGUUCUUGCAAAGAUCUGUAGAGAGGCAAGGAAGGAUUGUUGAUGUAAGUGGAAAACUAGCUGAGCUUUUGACCGAAUACGCAUUUAUUCUGGCAUCGCAAGGAAACUUAAGUACAGCUUUGAAUUACUUGGGAAGUUCACAAAACGAACGCGUCGCUGCUCUGAGGGAACGUUUAACUGUGGCUUUAGGUCAUAAAACGGUUUACGGUCAGGUGAAUCAGAGAAGCCGCCAAAAUUCGAGGCACUCUGUUAAUUAUGGCAAUCAAUUUGCGAAUCCGCCUGCUUCGUUUAAAAACCAAUUCAGCACUGGAUUGCCAAAUGUGCCUACACCGGUAACACAACCAUGGCAGCAGCCACAACUAUCAAAUACCUUCAACCAACAACCACCGAAGCCAUUUUCACCAGCACCGGUUGCACCACCCACCACUCAACCACCAAGACCAGGAAGUGUUGGAUCUGCGCAUGGUGGAUCUGGGUUACCUAAGGGCAAGUAUCUUUUAGAUCCUUCGGUCCAAUCCAACCAUUACGGAUCAAGGAAUCAAUUCGGACCCAAUUCGAUGAUGCCCACGCCUAUGCAACCGCAGAUCUUCCAACCGGGAGCCUCAACCAAUCCAUUCACACCAAAUAAUACAAACGUGUUCAAUCCUGCGCCGGUACCAGCAGCUCAACCUUUCACCCCGAAUCCUGGACAAUUUAACACUAAUGCCACUACGAACUCUUCAUUCCCACCAAGCACACCAUUCGUGCCGAGCAACAAUUUCAAUCAAAACCCUAUGAUGCCUCCUCCGGAUAUGUCUUCUGCAAUGAACGUUUUACCAUCAACUGCGGCUCCAGGCUGGAACGAUCCUCCAGCAUUCAAUAAGCCAGCGAAACAACCGAGUUAUGGAGAGAGUAGCAAAAUGUUUGCAGAACACUCUGGUUUAAGAUUAUGGAAAAAAGAGACAAUCAAAUCAGAUUUGCCAUCCCAGGACCCCAUCACUCAUCCGAUAUUCGGAACUGCUCCAGUGCAGAACGUCCCUGCAAACGGAUACAUGCCUCCAACUCAACAACAUCAGCAGCAACCGUUCAAUCCUUAUGCUCAAGAUAAUAGUCCUCAAAUGUUCCAACCGCCACCAAUGACCACCGGCAGUCAACAGGGCUUCAAUAGAAACAUGACCAAUUUCAACACGCAAGCUGUUCCUGCCAACGCAAACGUUGGUACCCAACAACAGGAAGUGUCCGGAAGGGUCGAAGUGCCGCAACCUAUCGCAAAGUUGCCAAUCCCCGAGGAACAUAUCCACAUGCAGACUGUAUUCAACGAACUCAAAAAUCAAUGUAGCUGCGCUGCCAAUAAUCCCCAAACGAAAAGGAAGAUUGAAGAUGUUUCUAGAAAAUUAGAAACGUUAUAUGAUUUACUCAGAGAUCGUAAACUAUCGCAGAAUACGCUUUCCGCGUUACAUCAAAUGGUCCAAUGUGUGCAGAACGGUGAUUACACCGGAGGUUUGGCCAUGCAUACCCAGCUGGUUUCUGGACAAGACUUCUCUCAAAUUGCCAGCUUCAUGCCAGGCCUCAAGGUUCUUCUGCAAUGCGCCCUGCAGCUGCAGGUAUAUCUUAGGUAAAACCCGCUUACUUUUUUUAAUUUAAGCUUAAAAAUAUGAAUAUAUAGUUUUUAUUAAAAAAAUAAAAUAAAUUU